ACCAGGACCUGAAAUUUGGUAUAAAGACUAUAAUUUCGAUGGGCAACAGAGAUUCAUGUUUUGAUACAAGCAUUAGCAGACACAUUCGGGGUUCUGUGUUCGGGGAAAUGAUUUGAUACAGGGUUCGAGUUGUGGCUUUUGAGACUAAACACAGAUAACAUACGCCGAUAAAACGCAGGAACAGCCAGAAAUGAGUCUCAGUGUCGGCGGAUACCAUCCCGGGUACGGACAUCCGGGACCCAUGGGUGUGACAACAGCGCACGAGUUUUACGGGUCACCGUAUCAGGCCCAGGCGAUGCGGUACCCGGAUUAUAAUGUCAGUGACCGGAACUACUUCCAUAACUGGGUGCUCAGUGGAACGCCGGAAGUGGCGAUGUCUCCGGACGCUUACGGUCACCACGGAGGUGACAUGUUAACGCAUAUGUCAUACGACGCGUUCGGAAACCCGUUCGUUGGUGAGCGUUGCGUGAAACGUAAAGUGAACGCGAGUAAAAAAGAACGACGACGGACGCAGAGUUUAAACAAUGCUUUCACAAAUCUCCGAGACUGCAUUCCAAAUGUUCCUUCGGACACAAAACUGUCAAAAAUUAAGACGUUACGGCUCGCCAUAUCAUAUAUCUCGUAUCUUAUGGACAUACUAAAGAAAGACGAUCCGAAGUUAACGGAGAAGGGCUUCAAAGCGGAAAUAUCGCGGAAGAGGGAACGCCAUCAUAUAGAUAUGGAUAAAAUACGUAAACUUGACAAAGCUAAAGAAGAAGAUGAAAAUACCUCACCUUCGCCUAGUAAGAAGGACAAACGGUCUGGGUGGCCGGAGCACGUUUGGGCAUCCGAAUUAAAAACUUCCGAAUGACUAGGCACUGACCGGAAGUGAUGUUUGAAAUAUUGCACCAUGGGAACGUACUGGCUUCUUGUUACAAGAUUUGUGUAAUACUGAAUUACAUAAAAAUAUUGUUUAAAGGCUUCUAUGGGACAUUAAAUCAGAGCUUUCUGAUUGUACAGGAACGAAGUCAGGAUUACUUCUUAUGAAAUUUAUAUAGAUCUAUGUUCUUUUUGGACCAGUAUUAUAUCUUUUAUUUUUUAUAAUGUGUUUAUGUUUUAUUUAUAUGAUAGUCUCACUAUGUCAAAAGAUAAACAUAUACCCUGUUUCUGAUGCAAUAAGCAGAUUUUGUAUUUUUGUUGUCUGCAUUUAUUAUUAUUACUAAAGAAAGGAGCCCAAACUAAUAGUAUGUGUUUGCAAAUAAUGAAAUGUUAAAGGGACAUGUGCACAUAUGUUUGGAGUUUUUGACAUUUCAGUAAAUCAUGUGACUUCGCACACUAAAAUUCUCAAGCUUAUAAAAUAAAACGAAAGAAAUAAAAGGACCCGGAUAAAAAUGCCAGCGCCUUGAAUUGUAAGUACUAAUAAACGAAAAUAUAUUCUUAAUAUAUGAGUAUGUGCUUGUAGCGAUAUUUUUUCUGAUGUGUUCACUGUUCUUUUUUUGUAAAUCUGUGCCAAAUAUUUGAUAGUUCUACAUAGGUCAAUAUGUGAAUACUGAAUAGGUUCUCUUAAAGCUCUAGAGCGUAUGUAUCAUUAUUCAUAGUAACUAUUAUUAUAACGAUGUAUGACCACAUGAUAGAGCAUCAUUAUAAGUUAAAAGUAUAAAAAAAAUAACCACCGUAAAUUAUCAAGCUCUCUUACAAACUAAUAUUAGGAUUAACAAGAAUAUUGUUUUCUUCGUUUAAUGUGUUGUUGAUGUUCUGUACGUACUACGUAAUUUUAUAACACGUAUAGUUUAUAUGUUGAUUUUGUUCAAUGUUUAUAGCAAUUGUUCUGAAAAUAAUAAAUUAUUGUAUAUU